GAGGCUCCCCAGGCGCGCGGUUCAGAGCGCUCUUCUCCCUCGGCUUCCGUCGCCCUCUCUGCGUCCUCGCGGCCGCCAGAGACCACGAUGCGCCCGCCCGAGUGGCAGGGGAUGCUCCAGAGGGCAGAACGGUGGCUGGCGCAGAGCGGGCAGCUCCCCGAAGUCCUUCGGCUCUGUCAGCUGGCGUCGGGCAACACUCGGCUGCUGCGCGCGGAGCAAAUGGGCGAGCUGGUGGAUUGCAUGGCGCGCAGCAUCCGAUUGAAAAGCAGCUCGGCGCCGGUACGUGAAUGGGAGGUCUUCGGCUGCCACAAAUGCCAAGGCUUCCUCUACGAGCCUGUCUCGUUGCUCUGCGGCCACACUUUCUGCAAAAAGUGCCUGGAGAAGGAAAGGGGCCAGGCGGCAGGAUGCAGCAUCUGUCCAGGGAGCAAGGGCGCUCUGCCCCGGCUCCGGAUAAAUGUCGUCCUCAGCAACCUGUUGGCCAAAUGCUUUCCUGAAAGAGUGAAGGCGUCGCAGCUCCGGUGUGAAGGGAAUCUCUUAUAUAAGGAGAAGAAUUUGCAGGCUGCCCUUCAGAAGUACAACGAAGCAAUCCGAUUAGAGCCCAGUGAUCAUUUGACAUAUAGCAACCGGUCCCAGGUUCACUCACUUUUGAACAGUUGGGAAGAAGCUCUGAAAGAUGCAGAAAUGGCCUGUAAUCUCCAGCCAACGUGGAUAAAGGGUCACUUACGGAAGGGACAAGCCCUUGUUAAACUUGGGAAAACAGAAGAAGCUUUUCAGGCCUUUUUAUUCUCCCUUGCCUUGGAUUCUGGGAACAAAAUGGCCAGAUCAGAAGCUCAAAGGCUUCUACUUAAUUUAAUUUCGCGUGUCCCGAGGGAUGCUCAGGAACGCAUGCCUGAUAUCCUGCAGCUGGUAUCCCGCCACCCUAAAUUAAAAGGGAACCUUUUAAGUUCAGCACCAUCUGAAGGCACCAUCCAUUGCCUACAAAGUUUGAUCAAGGAAAAUAUGGAAAUGUGUGCUGCUCGCCGUGAAGAUCAGAAAGCAGCUGACCGCAGUGGCUUAGAAAAGUCCACCCCAGUGGCAGAGAGCAAGAAAGGUAGUCAUGCCUCUUCAGCGACUGAAUCAGACACCCUUAUAUCUGAUCAGUGCAGUCUUCUAAAGAGAAAAUACUGUUCUGAUGAGGCCCCAAACACUGACCCACCUAGCAAAAUUAUGAAAAGGGAUGCAAGUAAGGGGAAAGGAUCCGGUGCUGGGAAGAGUUCUCUGUUUGGAUUUGUGGAACCAUCAGAUAUGGAGUGUUCGUUGUGCAUGAGGGUCUUCUACGAACCUGUCACCACCCCUUGUGGACAUACCUUCUGCCUGAAAUGCCUUGAAAGAUGUUUGGAUCACAAACCAAAUUGCCCCCUGUGCAAAGAGGGUCUCUCAGAGUGUUUGGCAAUAAGGAAACACUGUAAGACAGUGCUGGUGGAAGACUUAAUAGCAAAGUACCUUCCUGAGCAACUCACAGAAAGAAGGAGGCUCCAUGAAGAGGAAAUUGCUGAACUUUCCAACUUGAAUAAGAACGUCCCCAUCUUUGUCUGCACGAUUGCCUACCCGACCGUCCCUUGCCCGCUGCACAUCUUUGAACCAUGCUACCGUCUGAUGAUCCGCAGAUGUAUGGAAACUGGCACCAAGCAGUUUGGGAUGUGCCUUGGCGACCCUGUCAGAGGAUUUGCAGAUUAUGGCUGUAUGCUGGAGAUAAAAAAUGUUCAGUUCUUUGCUGACGGCCGAUCUGUGGUUGACAGUAUUGGCAAGAGGAGGUUCAAGGUGUUGAAGCAUGGCCAACGCGAUGGAUACAACACCGCAGACAUUGAGUACAUAGAAGAUCAGAAGGUGCAAGGAGCAGAAAGUGCUGAGCUGAAGCUCCUUCACGAGUCUGUAUAUGACGAGGCCUACAAGUGGUUUGAUGCCCUCGGUCCAGGGCUCAAGUCUCGUAUCCUUGGUCACUUUGGUCUAAUGCCUGCCAAGGAUUCAGAUCCACAGUCCAACCCCAAUGGCCCUGCCUGGUGUUGGUGGAUCCUUGCUGUCUUUCCUCUUGAGAACAGAGCCCAGCUCCCAUUUCUUGCCAUGACAUCCCUGAAAGAACGUCUCCUCGGCAUCAAGCGCAUUCUUGACUAUAUGGCCAACCCAGGACCAUGAGGAUAAGCGGCGCAAGAGAUCCUGUGAAUCCUGUUAGAAUACUUGAGCGUCUCUCGGCUGUUUCCUUACACUGAUGGCUUCUUGAGCUUUCUCUCCUGCUAUUACAUCUCAUUGUCUCUUCGCCAGCUGAAGCAAGAUCUGCAAGGUUAAGCUUCACGGGUGGAAGAGCCCUUUAGCUAGUUGCAAUGAUGUGUUAACAGAGAAUGAUUUUUUGGAGCGAGAAAUGGCUCUAACAUCAACACAGCAAAAACUGUGCUGGGAGCAUGCAGCACGAUCCCAAGCACGUUCUACUCAGAAGUAAGUCCUGAAAAGCGUGACAGGUCUUCACUUCAAUGUAACCACUCUGAAGGGCUGCAGCCUUAAUGUUGCUGAGUUGGUUCUUCAGUUCAAAAAGAAUUACCAAUGUUUCCAUAAAUAUAUAGAUAUCUUUCUACAUAUAUGCAUAAUGAAAGUGAACAAAACAGAUGUGAACUUUUUUUCUUUUUUGCUAUAAACAAUUUUUUUAAGGGUUUGUCCAAAUUUUUAUUUUAUUUUAUCUGGGAACAGUUGCAUUGAAAUAUUUCUGGUUUAAUGUGAAGCUGAAAUAACUAGCCAUCGUGCUGUUUUAUUUCAAGGCAUAUUCCAAAGGGUUCUGGUUUGGUGUGUGUUUUUUUAAAAAAAUCUGUAUAUUAACAGUAUUCAGAAGUUUUUGAUGGAUAUUAUUAGUAUUAUUUUGGACUAAAAAACGUUUAUUUGGUUUUCAGUUGCAAAUUCACAGCAUGAUCCUCUAAUGUAAAUCCUGCUA